UUAUCAUUUGCUUUACAUAUGUUAUUAAGAAGAUCUUUAAUGCUUUGUAGCCCUUAUUUAAGAUUAAACUCAAGAUUUUUGAGCUAAAGGCCAGUUUAUUAUUUUGGAGAUUAGCGAAAAGAAAAUCCUUUAAGCGAUUUAGAAUAGAAGCCUCCAUUAACUAAGGAUGAAGUUAAAGAAACUUUAAAAGGUUAAGAGCCAGAAGAAGAAGAAGACAUAUCUAAGAGAUCGAAUGUUUUACUUUAUUCUUUUGGAGCUAUAGGAUUAAUGUUGGGAUAUGUAUUUAUGUAAAUAACUCAAAUGGGAUAUUAAAACAAAUCAAAACCUGUAGAAAUGACUGUUAAACAUAAAGGAAAGGCAUAGAUGUAAUAUAGUAAUUCAUUUCAAGAGGUGGACCUUGGAAAUUGUUAACUACAGAUGGAAGAGUAAUGACAGAUUAAGAUUUGAGAGGGUCUUAUUAUAUGAUAUAUUUCGGAUUUUGCAAUUGUCCAGAUAUUUGUCCUGCUUCUCUUUUAAAACUCUCAAAGGCAUUACAAAGAAUUCGAUAAUUACCAGAAGGAAAAGUAUUUAGUAAAUUUAUUAAAUUAGCUUUUUAAUUUAAAAACUAUAUUUGUUUCAGUUGAUCCUGAUAGAGAUUCUGGAGAAAGAGUUGAGAGAUUCUUAUCACAUUUUGAUAAAAGUAUCAUAGGAUUAAGGGGAAGAACUAAUGAUGAUCCUGAACUAAAGGAAGCUAUGAGAAAUUUUAAAAUCUAUGCUUCCAAAAUUAAAUUUUAAUAAGAAGAUGAAAAAACAAAGUAAACAACAGAUUAAUAUACUAUUGAUCACACAAUUAUAACUUACUUGAUGGAUAAUGAAAAUAAUUAUGUCACACAUCUAGGAUCUAAUUUAGGUGAGUUUGAUUUAGCAAGAAUAAUUGUUGAAAAGAUUUUAGAAAAUGAAAGAGAGAAAAUGUAAAAUUGAUGAUAAAUUUAUCUAAAUAUUGAUAAUACACC